AUGCACCUUGUACAGCACUUCCUCUUCCUGCUGCUGCUCAGCAUCACACUGGUUCAGCGCUGUACCACAAAGGCAUUGGUUAAUGAGACAUCAGAGGAGAUUGAUAACAACAUUGACCAGGAUUAUUUCUCUGUAUCUGCCAUAAUUGAACGAGCUAACAAGAAUGCUGGAAAGGAAAACAGAGGCUUCACCAUUCUUGAUGGAGACAUAGCGGUGAACACCGGUCUCCAGAAUGCAGAUGAGUGUACAUAUAGCAAAUGCAAGUGGCAUAAAAGUGGCAAUGGGAAGGUUUAUGUGCCCUAUGUCAUUUCCAGGCAGUUCUCAUGUUCUGAAAAAAAAGUUAUUAAGGAUGGGCUGAAGUCCUUCGAAAAAUUGACCUGUGUCCGAUUCAUACCUCGCGAAGAUGAAAAAGACUACAUUCAUAUAAAGUCAGACGAGGGGUGCUACUCCUAUGUGGGACGCAUUGGUGGAGAGCAGGUGUUGUCUCUAGACCGAAAUGGGUGUGUUUUCUUCAAAGUCAUCCAACAUGAGCUUCUUCAUGCCCUGGGUUUCCACCAUGAACAGUCCCGUAGUGACCGUGACAAGCACGUCAAAAUCCUCUAUGAAAAUAUCGAACCCGGGAUGGAAAAUAAUUUUAAGAAGCGCAAAACCAACAAUUUAAAAACACCAUAUGACUACAAUUCUGUCAUGCACUAUACAAGAAAUGCUUUCUCCAAGAACGGCAAGCCAACCAUAAAACCUAUACCACGCAGUAACGUUUCCAUUGGACAGGCCGAAAAGAUGAGCAUAAAUGAUAUUCUGCGUGUCAAGAGUCUCUAUUGCAAUUAA